GCCCGCGGCGAGCGCAGUCGGGCUGCGACCGCCAUGGAACGCAGUUGAUCGCGCGUCAGUGCGUAUGGCGUUAAUACCACCGCAUUUAUUUCAUUCAAAAAUAUUUUGUUCACAUCAUCAUUUAUGAAUUAACAUUGAACAAGUGUUGUAUUUUCUUUUGUAAAACUUUAUGCGAACAUGGCUGUGAGAGAGUGUUGUUGUGGUGAACUGUCGCUUAACAAAAAAUCGAUUUUGGGAUUCAGAAUGAGGAGCCAAAUAUUGUAUUUACUGUUGGUCGCUUGUUUUGUACACGCGACCGCGGCGGAGCCGGAGCCUACAUGUGUGAGGGCGAAGAAUAUAUUUGAGAAGAGCAAGAUGUUAGCAGCCGUCAACAUUCAGGAGCAGCCGAACUCAGACGCAGACGGACUAUGCCUCAGCAAAGGAUGCUGCGGCGCUGGCGCACACUCGAGGCUUACGCAGCUUGCGCGUACGCAGAUAGAGGGCGCUUUGCAAAGCGAGCUGGGCAAGCUGGCUGACGUGCUGGCGAACCGCGCGAAAAGGGUUAACGAAUUCUUCAAAAAGCUGCUACACAUGUCUCGCGAGGAGUUUCACAACAUGUUCAAACGCACGUAUGGAAUGAUCUAUGAACAGCACUCUUACGUCUUUGAGCAGCUCUUCGAAGAACUAGAAAGGUACUACACUCAUGGAGACAAGGAAUUCGACACCAUGAUGGACAAGUUCUUCGGGAUCCUCUACCAGAAAAUGUUUGCGGUGCUCAACUCACAGUACAGCUUCGACGAAAAGUACCUCUCGUGCGUGAAUGAGCACAUGCGCGAGAUCCGUCCCUUCGAGGACGUGCCGCAGAAGCUUUCGGUGCAGCUUCGGAGAGCUUUCGUCGCCACUAGAACCUUCCACAAAGCGCUGCAAGCGGGCGCUGAAGUCGUGCGGAAUGUUAUGCAG